UAUAAAUACAUUUUUCUCCCUACAACGAGAUAUACACUGGAGAUAGGAGGACGUUAUUGGAGCUCGUCAUGUGUGUCAAGGUGUGAGGUGACAUGACAUGAUGUGGCGCAUGGGUUGGCUGUUCCUGACUCAAAAACAUCUUCAAUGACUUGCUCAAUCCGCAACAUUCACAUGCUUUUGGGAUCAUUCGAUCAGCAGGAAAGGAAAACUGGGAAGUGGACAUGUCUCCUCGUGUUUUUGGUGGUCGCAUCUCUACCCUUCAACGUAUUUUUGCUAGUCCAGCUCGUGGCAGCCCCAUGGACUACUUCAUGCGAGACAAGACAUCACUCCACACUGUAGGACAUAAGACACAAGCCCUGCCGUUUGAUUCGCACGCUGCAAGCCGCUACGAUUUAAGAGUCAAAAGGCCCGUCCGGCUCCACUCAUGCUCGAAGCACGUCCAAUGCUGCUGCUGUCAGAGAGCUUCCUGCUUCGUCCAAUGUCAAGAUCUCCCAUUCCCCCGGGGCACGGAGCCAGCCAUUCGACCCACCGCGUGCUUGCUCCGUACCGAGACAGCUGAACUGCGGUGGCAAAUCACACCGUCCCAAUGCGAGCACCGGUAUAUCUUCUCAGAAAAGGAAAAGCCAUUCAUCGAGCUGGGAAACCCGUCUGCCUGGGGCUCAGCCCUCGAUUGCGCAUUACAUACCCCCCAGUACCGCCGCGUAAUCCAGUCGGAAACGCCUACAGGCAGGCUUUCCAGGAAAGGGAAGAAUUCCGAUCGUAUUCGACCCGAAGAGUACUACUAAGGUAUCUAGCCCUGGCUGGAUGGUGCACAGUGCUGGACUACACAAUGGGGGAAGGGGUGAUGGGACCCGGCGGGUCUGGAGAACGGGUACCAGUGGGCGGUACAUACUACCGGGUCUUGCUCUCGCUCUCUCUCUGGGGAAAAGAGAGCCCGUGAGUAGUAGCUAGGUAAGUUAGUGUAGGUACGGUAGAUGGUCCAGCAUAGCGGCCGCAAGCCACAAAACUCAGCUGAGCCCUUUCCUCCCC